UUGACUGCUGCUACUAUGAUUAGGUUCUUGUCGUUUUUUGUGUUUUUAUGGCUUCUCUCUCUUUGGUGUCGAGGAAAAGAAAAACUAUGUCUGGGCAAGAGUGAUGCACGACAAACAUUUACAGUUGUGCUUGAAGAUGAUGGAACAGUUGUUGAUGAUGAAGACUAUUUCAAGUACCUGCCAGAAAACACAAAAUUCAUGAUCCUUGACUCCAGUCAGGAAUGGACUCCUGCUAAUGUUGAAUUCAAGAACGACUCGGAUACAAGAAUGAAUGAUGAUAUUGAUGGUGUUGGAUCUGUAGACUCUGUGGAUUAUCCGGAGCAGUCUAGUGAUUGGAGAGUUCUUGCUAAACAACUGAGACAAAAUCUUGCCAGAAUUAUUACAAUGUCUGAAUCGGAUCUCCAGACACUAAUAGAUGUUCCAUCAGCUGAGCUGGCAAAGGAGCUGGGUGAAACUUUAAAAGGAACAGAAGCAAUACAAGCCUCCCUUCAACGUGCACUUGACAACAGAGAGGAGCAACGGGAAGCAAAGGAAAUAUUAAAACUGUACCGAAAAGCCUUUCAAAUAGAAAAUGAAGAUUCAGAACCUGCUAAAGAAACUGUUGAAGUGGACGGUUCAAAUCUGACGGCCAGUGAAACUUUCUGGCAGAAUAAACACACAAUUGAAGUUCUCAGGCAGAAGCCCAGCCCAGAGCUCAGCUUGUCGAAUCAGGAGCUACAGGAAAUUCUCAAAAGGACUGAAGAGGAUUUAAGUUCCACUUUAAAUUGUUCCAUUGAGGAGGUAAGGUGUCUGCGACAAGACUGUAGGAAGGAAUUUGAGAGACGCAUGGAUAAAGUGAAGAGCCUUGAAGAAUUGAGACAAUAUUCAACGAAAUAAAGGUGUGACACUAUGGUAGUGUCCCAACAUCUGAACCAGAGUGCCUGGGAUCAAGUACCGCCUGCCCUGAUAUUACCUGCACUGGUUGAUUUAAAAAUAACUGUCAUAGACUGGGGCAACAUAUGCAGUCAAACAUAGGUUUUCAACUUAUCAGCAUGUUAAAUCUUGCCUCCCGACAAUCAGCUCUUGCCACAAAUUCAAAUACUGUCAUGGGUGGGGGAAAAGAAACCUACACUUGUGGUAUGUACUGACUUCAUUGAACACGCUCAGUGCCUAACAUAAAAUAGGUGCAGGGUGUGUUCCUUCAUUUUGAUGUUGAAUCACUGCUUGAUACACCAGUGUGAACUUUAAACUUGAUUUCCCAUUUGCUAUAGUUGGUCAGAAUCCAUUUGUAAGCUGAGCAUCUGCAUUCUAACACAACCAUUUUCACCUAGCAAGUAAAGAGGACUUGAGACCAUCAAGUUUGAAGUUUGUUCAAACACCUGUUUAGAUGAAAUGACAGUGUUGCCUGACCAUGCAGCACUUUGCUUCUAAUCUCUGCUGUGCUUUUGCCAGCCAGACAGCCAGAGCUUUGUAAAUAUUAUUUACAAGAACUUGUGAUGAUAGCCACCUCCACAAUAUUGACCACAUAAAAGGUUUAUUUUUACUACUAAACAGUCUUAAUGGCCCUGAAGAAUUCCUGUUGGAUAUCAGAGUUCUUCAUCAAGAUAAACUUCUAAGAAACUAAAUGUGAUAUUUAUGAUACUUUUUAGCUUCCAUAAAUGUAAGUCCCAGUUGUUUAUUUUGCAAUCUGUGAAAUUUUAAUAUUAAAAACAAAAGGCUUAUUA